UAUACCAAACUAAUACUUAAAUCCAGUACAUGCUACCAAGGAGGAAAGGGUUUUGUUGACCUCUUUUUUGCCUCCAUAUGAUAGAUGAAGAGUUUUUUUUUUCUGAUUCUUGGCAAUGUUUCCCAGCCCCAGCACGUCCACUCCCUUCUCUGUAAAGGAUAUAUUAAACUUGGAGCAGACUCAUGACGUUCUGGGGUCUUCUUUGGACGUUUCUUCUCGCAUGGAUUGCUGUACCGUGGCGACAUCUUCCUCCGCCUCCUCCUCCUCCUCCUGCAUGAUGGGCCGAAUGAAGCAGGAGCCUCUCCGGGACAUCUCGUCCACCGCCGCCUCGCUGUUUGGAGAAGACACCCACGACUCCAGAGCCGGCAGAGGCAAUCCACUCAACUUUGCUUCUACCCUUUAUGGCAAAUCCCUCAUAGACAUGGAAAUAGAUAAGGAUGGUAAAGCAGCUGCGUUAGAGGGAAAACGAAGAAAAGAGGAGUUCAGUGUUCCGUCAGAGUCUUUGGGGGGCAUAAAGGCUGAGGAUCCAGACCGGCCCAAACCUCGGAGACGCAGGAAGCCCCGGGUCCUCUUCUCCCAGGCGCAGGUGUAUGAACUGGAGCGCCGCUUCAAACAGCAGAGGUACCUUUCGGCCCCGGAGAGAGACCACCUCGCCGGGGUGCUCAAACUCACCCCGACGCAGGUGAAGAUCUGGUUCCAGAACAGGAGGUAUAAGUGCAAGCGGCAGAGACAGGACCAGAGCCUGGAGAUGGUGUCCCUGCCGCCGCCCAGGAGGGUGUCGGUGCCGGUGCUGGUGAGGGACGGGAAGCCCUGUCUCGCGGCAGACGCAGCCACCUACAGUCCUUCUUACAGUAUGGGUCACAUUAACCAUUUUAGUUAUAACAACUAUACGGCCUUCAGCAACUACACCAGCUCCGGCUGCAACACAAACUAUGCAUGCAAUUACCCCGCAGCCGCAAUGCAGACUAUGCAAGGAUCCUCCAGCAACGGCAAUUACAUGAACUUUGGGGUAGGGGAUUUCAGUAAUGUCCAGAACACAUACUCCUCCAGCAACGGGGUGUCUUCUUUACAUGGCAUUAGGACGUGGUAAACAAUAGACAAAAAAAAAGCUCAUUGACCGUAAUAGGUUUCUAUGA